AUGUCAACGCACUCUCCAGUGAUAGCCCUGUUCGAUCUGGACUGUUUUUACGCUCAAGUUGAACGACGCCGUUUGGGUAUACCGAGUUCCGUCCCCUUUGUGGUCUCCCAAUGGGACAUGGUCUUGGCGGUGGACUAUUCAGCUCGGAAGCUACCCGGAGUCCAGCGCGGAGCCCUGACGUCUAUCGCUGAGAAGGCUGGAGCGAAGAGCGCACAUGUUGAAGUCGUGGAUGUGGUCACCGGCGAGACCUUCCCCGAUGGGCCGCCUCCUGGUGAGCCUCGUGACCGUUACAGAGUCUCUCUGGACCGAUACAGGGAGGCAAGUGAGGAAGUGAUGCGGGCCCUCCGCACAGCUCUGCCCGAGUCGGCCCCUUUGGAGCGUGCCAGUAUUGAUGAGGUCUUCGUUGAUUUGACGUCACUCUGUGAAGAGGAACAAGAAGAACAGAUGCCUGCUGGUAUCAAGUGGGCUGCUGGAGAGGUUGGCAAUUCAGCUCUACAGGAGGGCGCCAUAUGGGCGGAGAGGCUCCGCAAGGAAGUGGAGUCCAUCACCGGCUUCACCAUGUCAGCCGGGGUGGCUAGCAACCGACAGCUUGCGAAGCUUGCAUGCGGUGUUAACAAACCCGACGCUGUCACAGCUCUAAGUGACAAUAAAAUACUGGACUUCAUGGCUGGCGUGAAGGUGAAGUCAUUGCGAGGGGUUGGAAGGGCGACGUUCCACGACAUAGAGAGCCUCCUGCCGUGCCUCACUGGUGACACCAAGUGUGGCGAGAUAUGGCCUGUCCUCGACGAGCUCGACCCCGACCCGGCCAACGCCGAGCUUGUAGCCUGGUUGAAGUUGGCCUCUAGAGGACGAGACCCGGUGGAGAACGCCAAACCAGUAAAGGACUCGGAAUCUCUAAAGGCUGGUAGCGUCAGCGCCUCGAAGAUCUUCCGCCCUUACCUGAAGGAAGCGGCCAAGAUGCAGUUCUGGAUAGAGUCCUUGGCCAAAGACGUCGUCGAUCGCGUGAGAGGCCGAGCGCCGCAGUUCCCGAAGAGCCUUUGUGUGUCUCUCGGUCGAGAGGCAACCGCCACCUACGCCACCAAGAGCCGUCGAUGUCCAAUGCCAGCACUGGAUAAGGUUAUUAUCACCGCCCAGCAAAUGGCCGCACCGUUGAUAGCCUCCUUUGGGAGGGUCGGCAUGAUCACUGUCACUGCGUUGGACCUGCAGGAUCCUCCAGCACAUCAGCCUGGCCACAAUGGUGUUGUUGCCGCGGGGGAUGCGACCAGUGCCUCUGUGGGACAUACUAAGGGAGCAGUUGAUGCCUUCUUCGCGAGCAGUCGGCUGCAUUUCCUUGGGACGUGGCGGAGACGAUUCCGGCAGUUCCUUGAGGAAUGCCAACCGGCCGAGGGGAAGUGGUCGGAAGGAGAGGUCUCUAGCGAGAUCGUCGAGGAGCUCAGUCGAGAGUGCGAGCGGCGGCUGAAGCCGAACUCGAAUAUUGGCAAGCGGUACAUGCUCUGUGACUUCGACAGCUUCUUCGCUUGUGUGGCGCAGUUGCAAGCAACAGGCGUUCCUGAGUCUACCAAGCCAAUGGCUGUUGUCUCUGGUAUGGGUCGAGGAAGCGAGAUAUGCAGCGCUAACUAUGCUGCGAGGAAGUAUGGAGUGUCCGGCAGCAUGUGGCUCGCUGAGGUGAAGGCCUUAUGCCCUGAUCUGGAGAAGGUCCCGGUGACCAGUGAGCUCCUCACCCAGUGCAACACUGCGUGGAAACAAAUGCUUCGGUUGAUGGCCGUCGUGGGCGGAGGGACUUUGGACCGAGUCGUGGCCAAGAGCGUCGACGAGGCCAUCGUUGAUGUAUCUGGUGAAUGCGGUUACUCCGACGAGGCAGCGGUGGCCCAGGCGCUGCAGAAAGCGGUCACUCAGGCUACAGGCCUGCCGUGCUCCGUUGGGGUUGCCGACAGUCAUGUUUUGGCGAAGGUCGCUACCACUCAAGCGAAGCCUCGAGGCAUCAAGGUUCUCAACGACAAGUCCUUCCUUGCUGAUUUGCCGUUGCAUAUGCUUCCGCAGGUGGGCUAUCGAACUUUAGGGAAACUCCAGAAUGAAUUCGGCCUAGCUACGAUAGGCGACCUCUUGGACCCCAACAUCGCGCCUCUCCUAGCAGACUCAUUUGGGGCCAAAACGGCUGAGAGGAUGCUCACUAACGCCCGGGGUGAAGACUACAGGAAUGAUCUGGUCACUGACAUCUCUACUGUGAGCGCUGAUAAGAAUUUCGGCAUUCGCAAUGUGACGCCUGAGUCCGCAAGGCAAUUGGUCCGAGCCCUUGUCGCACAAGUGAUGCCGUUGUUAGAAGGCCUCGUGCCGGAGCGUGUCAUCCUGAGGCUGUACCUCGCCCCCGACGAUUGGGUGGAACCAUUUAAAUUCAUGGGCAUUGGUGCGUGUUAUCAGUGGAGCCGUUCGUGUGCUGUUACUCCUUCAAAGAACGACAUUGCAGCACUCGCGAUAGGACUGCUAGAUGGCGUAGAAGUGCACCGAAUCCGCGGUGCGGGUGUGGCCGUACGCGUUCACCCCAAAGACCAGUCCCAUAAUGCGGCAACUGGUGAUAAGAAUCAACGGACUCUCACGGACUUCCUCGGGAAAAAACCAAAUCCUCCAGUCUCCAAAAAGCGAAGAACAUCUACGAUCGAUGCCGCCACUUCUGCAGCGAUCGCUAGACUGGAAGAGGAGUCGACUAUUCGGUCAUGGCGCGAUGGUCACGCCGACGCCGAAUUAGCGGAGUUUGCACAUCUGGGAUUCGACUAUUGCCAGGAUCCUGAUGUCGAAAAGAGGUUCCAUGAGAUGGUACGCUUGUAUGCACGUUUCGAAUAA